AAUCACAGUAUCAAUAAGGACGCGCAUGCUCAGUAGUGCCUUUGUGUGGUUGACUGCAGAGCCAACUAGCUAGGUAGCAGCAACGGCUAGCCGCAAACAUUUAGACGACACAGAGGUAGCUAGCAGGUUAGCCGUGCAGCUAAUCAUGGUGAAUGUAAAGAAGCGGAAAGGUCGAGUCGUGAUUGACUCUGACUCUGAAGACAGUGCUAGCGACGAUAAUUUAGAUCAGGAGCUGUUGUCGUUGGCGAAGAGGAAGAGGGUUGAUUCAGGUGAGCAGGAAGAGCCAGUAAGCAAACCUGCUGCUUCUACAGACUCAGAGACAUCUGACAGUGAUGACGAGUGGACGGUGGGCGGCACCAAAGGCAAGAAGAAGGUUAAGCCAGGGAAAGGGUCUGAGAAGAAGAACGCGACAAAGAAGAAGGUUAAUAAAGCAACGGCGUCCGGCAGCUCUGAUGGAGACAGCUCAGCUGAGAGCUCUGCACCUGAGGAGGGUGAAGUGUCUGACUCGGAGAGCAACAGCUCGUCCUCCAGCUCAGACUCGGACUCCUCUGAGGACGAUGUGUUCAGGGACGGUUACGACGACGACUUGAUGGGAGACGCGGAGGACCGAGCUCGUCUGGAGCAGAUGACGGAGAAGGAGAGAGAACAAGAGCUGUUCAACAGAAUCGAGAAAAGAGAGGUGCUAAAGAGACGGUUUGAAAUUAAGAAGAAGCUGAAGACGGCAAAGAAGAAAGAGAAAGAGGAGAAGAAGAAGAAGCAGGAGGAGGAACAAGAAAAAAGGAAGCAAUCUCAGGUUCAAGACACACAAGUGGUUAUGUCACACAACAAGGAGCGACGAUCCAAACGUGACGAAAAACUUGACAAAAAGUCCCAGGCCAUGGAAGAACUCAAAGCUGAGCGAGAGAAGAAGAAAAACAAAACAGCGGAGCUGCUGGCCAAACGCCAGCCCCUGAAGACCAGCGAGGUUUAUUCCGACGACGAGGAGGAAGAGGAGGAAGACGAUGACAAGUCGUCCGUCAAAAGCGAUCGGAGUUCGCGUUCAUCGUCUUACGAUGAUGAUGAAAAAGAGGAAACUCCACCGAAGUCGCAGCCGGUCUCAUUACCGGACGAGCUCAACAGGAUCCGCCUGUCCAGAAACAAGCUGGAGCGCUGGUGCCACAUGCCCUUCUUCGCUAAGACAGUGACCGGCUGCUUCGUGAGGAUAGGGAUCGGGAACAGCAGCAGUAAACCAGUUUACAGGGUCGCUGAAAUUGUGGACGUGGUGGAGACGGCGAAGGUUUACCAACUUGGAUCAACGCGAACAAACAAAGGAUUACAAUUAAGGCAUGGCGGGGACACACGGGUUUUCAGGCUCGAGUUUGUAUCAAAUCAGGAGUUUACAGAGAGCGAGUUCAUGAAGUGGAAAGAGGCGAUGAUGGUCGCGGGGAUGCAAGUCCCCACUCUCGACGAAAUCACCAAAAAGGAGCAGUCCAUCAAAGAAGCUCUGAACUACAAGUUCAACGACAAAGACAUAGAGGAUAUUGUCAAAGAGAAGGACAGAUUCCGAAAAGCACCACCGAAUUACGCCAUGAAGAAGACGCAGUUACUCAAAGACAAGGCCAUGGCGGAGGAGAGCGGAGACGGGGAGAAAGUGAAAGUGAUCCAGGACGAGCUGAACGAGCUGGAGGAACGAGCAGAAGCUCUCGACAGACAGAGGACCAAGAACAUCUCUGCCAUCAGCUACAUUAACCAGAGGAACAGAAGCUGGAAUAUCGUUGAAUCUGAGAAAGCUCUGGUGGCUGAAGGACAAAAUUCCAAAAACCAACAAAUGGACCCUUUCACACGGAGACAGUGCAAACCCACCAUGGUGUCAAAUGCCAGAGACCCGUCGGUCCACGCAGCUAUCCUCGCUCAUCUCAACCAGAAGUACGGCUCCGGGUCGACGCCAGAUCCUUCCAGUGCAGAGAAGAACAAACUGGGACAAAUGAACCCGAAAGACAAAGAUGUCCCCAAGCCAACCACUGACCUCUCCGAGGACUUGUUUAAAGUUCAUGAUUUUGACGUAAAGAUCGACCUACAGGUUCCCAAUGCAGAGGCAAAGUCUCUGUCGGUGAGCUCCAACGCGCUGCCGGUGAAGGACGGCGCCCCCCGCAGGUCCCUCAACCUGGAGGACUACAAGAAGAGGAGGGGGCUGAUCUGAUGUGGCCAGUCCGUCAUCCACAAAACACAAUGCAUGUGUAAUUGGCUGUGCGAGAGAGAGAGAGUGUGUGUGUGUGUGUGUGUGUGUGUGUGUGUGUGUGUGUGUGUGUGUGUGUGUGUGUGUGUGUGUGUGUGUGUGUGUGUGUGUGUGUGUGUGUGUGUGUGUGUGUGUGUGUGAAUGUUGAACAGACUGUCUAUCCAAACAGAGGAAAUACUGAUUGAGUGAAGAUUUUUCUCAAAGGAUCUCCCUGAGAAGAGACGUCUCCAGAUAUUUGUUGUUUUGUUAUUUUCGCAUUAUAACACACAGACUCGUAUACUGAGUUGUGUUUUUUAUGUAUUUAACUCCUCCCCCAAUUUUUUGGUCUUCUGGAGUCCACUCCUUUUUUUUUUUUUUUUUUUUCCUCUCUCUCGCUAAAGGACACGGUGCUUGUGGAUUUUUACUUUGAACAAGGAGGGCACUAUUUUAGAAGACUUAGAUUGUUGAGGCUGUACUAAUGGAGUUGAAGUCAACCAGCAACAAAUUAAUGUUGUAAAUUCCCCCCCCACCCCACCCGACCCCCACCCCGAAAAAAUGUGUGAUCAUCUGUCUUUGCAGUCCAUCCCAAAUUUGAACAGCCUCUUGUAUUUUUGCGGAUUGUAGAUGAUCACCGUCCCUGACCAGAGACGACGGCUCUCCAUGACCAAUGUGAAACUGGACAUUUAUCACUUUUUAAGUCUUUGAAACGACCCGUUUUAAGAGAAACCCUUUUCUAUGGCUGGCCUGGUUAUAGAAGUGUUGCUUCGUUUCUGUUCUCUCUUGGUUGGUUGUUCAUGGGAUAAAACCCUCGCCCUUAACUCCCAGAUCAGAUUCUACAUGUUAUCGAUUGUGUCCAUAGUAAGUUCCUGUAUUGAUGUGGCAUGCCAUGUAAAUAUGCAUUUUGGAGUGAGUGCGGAAAAAAAUAAAGAGGCACUGUUUCAUAA